AAGCCUACUCCUGGAAAAGCCGAGAAAGGAAGAGGGAGAAGGAGGAACGGACGGACGGACGGGAGGAUGGGCAAGCUCGGGCUCGUCUUCUUGCCGUUGUGGAGUGCUGGCCACCUGAUACCCAUGGUAGAGACGGCCAAACUCCUUCUCCGUCACCAAACCCCUGACAAUCUCUUCUCCAUCAACGUCCUUGUCAUCCAACCCCCCAAGCCCGCGUCGAUCUCCACCAUCUCCUCCUACAUCCAGUCCGUCUCCUCCUCCAGCCUCGACAUCCGCUUCCAAAACCUCCCCCCCGUCGACCCACCCACUGACAGCCAGGGGGUGGAGGACUUCAUCUCCAUGUUCAUCCAGAGCCACAAGCCCCACGUCAAAGCCGCCAUAACCCAAUCCUCCAUCCCCGUCGCCGCACUGGUUCUCGAUAUGUUUGGCACCACCAUGAUCGAUGUGGCCCACGAGCUCGGCAUUUCGUCAUACAUCUUCUUCACCUCCACCGCAGCCAUGCUCGCCACCUCGCUCCACCUUCCAGCUCUCCACGACAGGAUUCCAGUAGAAUUCGAGGAACUGGAAGGCGAUGUUGACAUCCCGGGAGUGCCCCCCGUGCCGCCGCUGUACAUGCCGAGUCCCUUCCUGAACAAGAAGAGCCCGGUCUACACCUGGUUCCUCUACCACGGGAAACGAUUGCUCGAAGCCAAGGGCAUUAUAGUGAACACCUUGAUGGAGCUAGAGCCCGGGCCACUGAAGGCGAUGAUGGAGGGCCUCUGCGUGCCAAGCCGCCCCACGCCGGCCAUCUAUCCGGUAGGACCCGUCAUCGCUCUCGAGGACAAGAAAGACAGAGGUAAUUCAGAACGGCACGAGUGCAUCAAGUGGCUGGAUGGGCAGCCACCGGCGUCGGUGGUCUUCUUGUGCUUCGGGAGCAUGGGCAGCUUCGGAGCUCCACAGGUGCGAGAGAUGGCUCUCGGGAUGGAGCGAAGCGGGUACCGGUUCUUGUGGUGCCUGCGAGCUCCUUCGACGGGAAAAUUCCGGCAUCAGGUCGACGCGAAUUUGGCGGAGGCGUUGCCGGAAGGUUUCUUGGAGAGGAAUAGAGGAAGGGGACUGGUGUGGCCAUCUUGGGUGCCCCAAAUGGAGAUACUGGCACACGGAGCAGUGGGGGGAUUUGUGACCCACUGCGGGUGGAAUUCGAUCCUGGAGAGCUUGUGGUUUGGGUUGCCGAUGCUCGGGUGGCCGCUUUUUGCCGAGCAGCAUCUGAAUGCCCUCGAGAUGGCGAGAGAGAUUGGGGUGGCGAUGGAGCUCAAGGUGGACAGAAAGGGUGGGGGAUUCGUGGGAGCGGAGGAGUUGGAGAGGGGAGUAAGGUGUUUGAUGGGGAACUCUGAGGAGGGAAGGAAGGUAAGGGCGAAGGCUGCAGAAAUGAGAGGGGCGAGUAGGAAGGCCAUGAGCAAAGGGGGCUCGUCCUAUGUUUACAUGGAGCAGCUGGCGGAGGAAAUAAGAAAAGGGACGGUUUGGACCAAAUGUUGAAAUGCUGCAUUUUUUCUCUUGCGAGAUAUACUGUGCUUAUCAUAUUGAAUGUUCCCAUGGGUGAGCUUGGUUUCUUGGGGUAAUGUUGCAUUUGUUAUGGCUAGUCAUGACAUAUACUGUACAUGCAAGGAAAAGCUUGAAUGACAGUGAUCGAAGCAUCAAUGGCUUUGAUGUCAUUAUAUAAAUGAGCUCCUAUUUCUAA